AUGAGGGAGUUGUCGGAGAAGAUGUUCUUCACAGCUACUCCACGUCAUCACAGUCUUGGUAAAUAUGCUGUGUAUGUUAGACUCUCGCGGGUAUACUCUACAGACUGCAUGAAAAACCCGGGGGGUCGCUAUAAAUGCCGAUAUUUCUUAAAGAGUGGCAAUGGGGCCAGUUUCGACAGGCCUAUAACAGACCUAUAUCUCUCAUGUGUCAUCCUGCAAAGCCUGGGUGGGGCUAGCCACAAGCUUCUGGCUGCCGACUUUGGAGAUCAUGCUGACUCCAGGGACCACGGACCUAAGGACUCCAGGGACCACGGACCUAAGGACUCCAGGGACCACGGACCUAAGGACUCCAGGGACCACGGACCUAAGGACUCCAGGGACCACGGACCUGAGGACUCCAGGGACCACGGACCUAAGGACUCCAGGGACCACGGACCUAAGGACUCCAGGGACCACGGACCUAAGGACUCCAGGGACCACGGACCUAAGGACUCCAGGGACCACGGACCUAAGGACUCCAGGGACCACGGACCUGAGGACUCCAGGGACCACGGACCUAAGGACUCCAGGGACCACGGACCUAAGGACUCCAGGGACCACGGACCUAAGGACUCCAGGGACCACGGACCUAAGGACUCCAGGGACCACGGACCUAAGGACUCCAGGGACCACGGACCUAAGGACUCCAGGGACCACGGACCUAAGGACUCCAGGGACCACGGACCUAAGGACUCCAGGGACCACGGACCUAAGGACUCCGGGGACCACGGACCUAAGGACUCCAGGGACCACGGACCUAAGGACUCCAGGGACCACGGACCUAAGGACUCCAGGGACCACGGACCUAAGGACUCCAGGGACCACGGACCUAAGGACUCCAGGGACCACGGACCUAAGGACUCCAGGGACCACGUAGCUAAGGACUCUACCCACAAAGACUAUUUUUGCUCGACUAUUUACGCUGGACUUGCCACGCCCUCUAAUACAACGCCCUCUAAUACAACACCCUCUAAUACAACGCCCUCUAAUACAACACCCUCUAAUACAACGCCCUCUAAUACAACGCCCUCUAAUACAACGCCCUCUAAUACAACGCCCUCUAAUACAACGCCCUCUAAUACAACGCCCUCUAAUACAACGCCCUCUAAUACAACGCCCUCAAAUACAACGCCCUCAAAUACAACGCCCUCUAAUACAACGCCCUCUAAUACAACACCCUCUAAUACAACACCCUCUAAUACAACGCCCUCAAAUACAACGCCCUCAAAUACAACGCCCUCUAAUACAACACCCUCUAAUACAACACCCUCUAAUACAACACCCUCUAAUACAACGCCCUCUAAUACAACACCCUCUAAUACAACACCCUCUAAUACAACGCCCUCUAAUACAACACCCUCAAAUACAACGCCCUCUAAUACAACGCCCUCUAAUACAACGCCCUCAAAUACAACGCCCUCUAAUACAACACCCUCUAAUACAACACCCUCUAAUACAACACCCUCUAAUACAACGCCCUCUAAUACAACACCCUCUAAUACAACACCCUCUAAUACAACGCCCUCUAAUACAACACCCUCUAAUACAACGCCCUCUAAUACAACGCCCUCAAAUACAACGCCCUCUAAUACAACGCCCUCUAAUACAACGCCCUCAAAUACAACGCCCUCUAAUACAACGCCCUCUAAUACAGCGUCACGGUAUACAACUUCUUGUAAUACACAGGAGUGUGUAACACAUACAGAGCAAUGUACUUCAACACGGCCUGCUUCAGGCAGGAGUGUAUUUAAUACAGUUUGA